GAGUGCAGAAUUCCAGCUCAGGCCACCUGCUCCUCAGCCCUCUUCCCAGGAGCUCUGCCUGCGGUGCACAAAAUGCCACGUCAGCGGCAGCGUCGUGGCUGCGUCAGAGACAAGGAGACCUCAGAUGACAGAGCCCUGCCUCCGAAGAGUCCGAGUCCUACCCCAACCAAGCUUUCCAAAAGGAAGGGAAGACUGCUGGCCACGUCUCUACCGGCCUGGAGCAAGGAACCAGUGGUCUUCAAGGAUAUAGCCCUGUACUUCACCCAGAGCGAGUGGAAGCUGCUGAAGCCUGCGCAGAAGGCCCUGUACAAGGAUGUGAUGCUGGAGAACUACAGCAAUUUGGCCUCCCUGGUGGGGUGUCAUGUCUUCAAGCCGACAUUGAUCACCAGGCUGGAGCAGGGCAUCGAUCCGACCCUGGAGGACAGACCGGCCCCCGGAGGCCCCCCGCGAGAGGAGGCCAAGGGAGGCGCUGCCAGCGCUGCCUCGGCAGGCAAGAAGACGCGGCGUAAGUCAAAGACAAGACCGAAGCCAGACAGUUCGAAGACUCUGCUACAGGAGAAGAUAGAGAGAGCCAUCCAAAGGGCUAUCGCCCAGAGCGCGAGGGCAGAGAGGGCCUCAAAAAGGGCUUUGAAAAGGGCCUCUGAAGAGGCCUCUGAAAGGGCUCCCAAAAGGGCCCUGGAAAGGGCCUCAGAAAGCGAGGACAGGCCAUCUCCAAGUCACCAGAAGGCCGGCCCCAGCCCAGACACAAGAGCAGGCAAGAACGUCUCUGCUGCUGAGAAAGAGCAUGAGCCCGUGGCCCCGAAGGAACCUUCGACUCAAAAACCAGGAAACUCAGCACCAGAGAGCGUGUCCACUGCUGAGAAAGAGCCUGAACCCGGGACCCCAAAGGAACCUUCGACUCAAAAGCCAUCAACCUCAGCACCAGAGAGCGUGUCCCCUGCUGAGAAAGAGCAUGAGCCUGUGGCCCCGGAGGAACCCUCUAAUCAAAAGCCAUCAACCUCAGCACCAGAGAGCGUGUCCCCUGCUGAGAAAGAGCCUGAACCCGGGACCCCAAAGGAACCUUCGAGUCAAAAGCCAUCAACCUCAGCACCAGAGAACGUGUCCCCUGCUGAGAAAGAGCAUGAGCCUGUGGCCCCGGAGGAACCCUCUAAUCAAAAGCCAUCAACCUCAGCACCAGGGAAUGUGUCCCCUGCUGAGAAAGAGCCUGAACCCGGGGCCCCAAAGGAACCUUCAAGUCAAAAGCCAUCAACCUCAGCACCAGAGAACGUGUCCACUGCUGAGAAAGAACAUGAGCCCGUGGCCCCGAAGGAACCCUCUAAUCAAAAGCCAUCAACCUCAGCACCAGAGAACGUGUCCCCUGCUGAGAAAGAGCCUGAACCUGGGGCCCCGAAGGAACCUUCGAGUCAAAAGCCAUCAACCUCAGCACCAGGGAAUGUGUCCCCUGCUGAGAAAGAACAUGAGCGCGUGGCCCCAAAGGAACCUUCGAGUCAAAAACCAGGAACCUCAGCACCAAAGAAAACCCGUCAAGGAAAGAAGACCCCAGAAAAAGGCACUGGUAAGAAAACACAAAGUGCCACGGGCUCCAAGAAAAAGCCUCAGAGCCCCCGAAAGGGUAAGAAUCACUUUAAAUGUAAGGAAUGUGGAAAAACCUUCAACCAGACCCUCCACCUGGUGGAGCAUGAGCGAAUCCACACGGGAGAGAAACCACAUAAGUGUGACGUGUGUGGGAAGUCCUUCAGACACAGCUGGUACUUUUUCACCCACCGCCGCAUCCACACGGGGGAGAGGCCCUACAAGUGUACGGAGUGCGGCAAGGCCUUCAACAGCAGCUCCACCCUCAGCAGCCACUUCAGGAUCCACACCGGGGAGACGCCCUUCAAGUGCAAUGAGUGUGGGAAGACCUUCAAGCAGAGCACGAAGCUCACUCGCCACCGCAGGAUCCACACCGGGGAGAAGCCCUACAAGUGCGAGGAGUGUAAGAAGUGCUUUGGCCGCAGCUCGUCCCUGACCGAGCACAAGAGGAUCCACACGGGAGAGAAGCCCUACUGCUGCCGCGAGUGUGGGAAAACCUUCAGAGUCAACUCACACCUCGUGGAGCACCGCCGGCUCCACCAAGCGGAGAAGCCGCACAAGUGUGAAGAGUGUGGAAAGCACUUCCGGAACCGUGCUCACCUGACAGAGCACAAGCAGAUCCACGUGCCGGGAGCCCGCGAGGACUGUCCCGAGUGUGGGAAAGCCUUCCCCAGCAAGGCAGCCCUCCUCAAGCACCAGAAAAGCCACGGGGAGGACUCCUUGCACCGGUGCCAGGGCUGUGGAAAGGCCUUCCGGUGUAAGUCGAGCAUCAUACGGCACCAGCGGCUGCACGCGGGGCAGAAGCCGUUCGUGUGCACCGAGUGUGGGAAAGGCUUCACUGAUAGGACCACCCUGAAUAACCACCGCAGAAUCCACGCCGCAGACAGGCCGGACCCCUGCGCACAGUGUGGGAGGACCUUCAGGCACCUGGCCACCUUGACGCUCCACCUGAAAAUGCAUGCUAGGAAGGGAAAGUAAGGCCUCCUGGCCCAGGAAGAGCCCUUGUCCAGGACUAGCCCAGAGCCACCAGCAAGGUCCGACCAGGGAGACUGUUCGAGUGGACACUGCCUGGUUUCCAUCUGGCUUUACUUCAGUGGUUCCCCAUGGGCGGUUCCUCUUCCCACAACAUUUGUGCAGUAUCAGGAGAUAUUUCUGAUUGUCCCUACCAGGACGUGCUACUGGCAACUGGAACCUGUGGAUAAAGGCCGAGUACACAGAAAAAUAAUCCUACAACAUGACGGACAGGCUUCCUCACCUUCCAAAGAUAAAGAACACCCUGCCCAGCUCAAGCAAAAGCCCUGUGGGUAACUGAGUGUGAGAGGGCAUUCUGGCAGGUUCCUGUGCUGUCCCACACAGUGACCACUAAUGUGCACACCUACAUGUAGAGGAAUCAACAUGGAAUAAAUUCUAAAUGCAAUUUCUUCAAUGCACUGACCACCCAUCGGUGUCGGUGGUCCGUGGCUACCGUGUGGACCUUGGAGAUGAACAACACCCCCAGCAUUGUGGGAGGUUCUCCUCAGCACUGAUCAACAUCUCAGUUGUCAGAAGUCUCACAUGGGAUGGUCCCGAGGACGUAAGAAAAUGGGUGACACUUAAUUUGUGUUUUCCUUAUAGUCAAAUAUAGGGUUUUAUAAAUGGCUUCAGGAGAGUGUCUGGGGCCCAUGAAGCUCUGGGCACUAUUCGGAUCUUGAGCUGGCUGGUUCUCCACCCAUGGGACACCUCCCUGUGGCCAGGAAAGAACGGUCAGCAGAUGGUUGACAGUGUUGAUCAUAAAGGCCAGCCUUUGGGGGGCCCAUUCUGUCCAGCACAGGGCUGAGCUCUUUAUCUCAAUUGUCAUAGCCUGCAUCCUAUGAAACAGGAACUGUUAUGGUCCCCGGUGUUUAAGUGAGGAAAACAAAGCUUUUGAGAGCUUUUGCUUUUUAAAAAAAAUUAUUCCAAUUUUGUACAUAAACCAAAGUUUUUGCUACUUUUAUAUUGUACUCUUUCAAAUUGACACAGUUUGAAUUUUUACUAAGUAUGCCUUUUUAAAAAAAAAGUGAGCUGGGAUGUAGCUCAGUG